GGAAAGUAUUUAUGUAUCGGUAAUUCCUAAUAAGCUUUUCUAAGGCUACUCCAAUAAACGACUGUUUGUUGGUGUGUAAGAUUACGGAAAAUGGAUGCGAUAUUGAAUGGAAUUCUCACAUCCGAGCAUUCUGACUCCCUGAAGAAAAAACUGAUAACCAAGGUAACGGAGAACAGUUCCAAACCUCAGCCAGUUCAUGUCAUUCGUUCCGUGCUACAAAUCUCAUCGUCAUGGUUUCUCCAGGGAGAUUCUGACAUCGCCGUGUCCGAGGGACUGCAAGUGUACAUUUCAUGGGCAAAAUACAACUUGAAAACAUUUGAAGCUUUUUUUGACCGUGAGUUUCUCCUGUCUUUAUUUUCGUACAAAGGUAAACAGGAAGCGAACGCUGUAUUGUUGUUGGAGGCCAGUAUGGAGCUAUUACAGAGAUCCUCCUCAUACUCGGGACAUGUUAAGGUUGUGGAAGCCAAAGCUAUUAGUUACGUUAGGGAACAUCCUUCCAUUGACUGCUUGACAAACUUUGUUAACUUUUUAUCAAAAUUUAAGGAAUGUCUUCCGAAGGGUGACUUUGUCUCGACGUUUUGUGUGUCCCUGAUUCAUUCUCUUAGCAUGUGUUCAAUACCCCAGGAUCACACCGACAUAUUCAAGUACAUUAAAAACGUAGAUCGAAUUUGUUUCCUGAUUCAUAAUAUAUGGAACAAUGCUGACUCAGAUGUGAUAAUGGACUCCCUUAAAGCUAUUUUUGGAAUAAUAUCAGCUAUAGAAGAAACGGAGCCCUCAUUUUGUCUUGGCGCAGUGGUUCGUAAUAUCCCUGAGAAAAUGAUUGAAGUAAUUGUCAAGUAUGCAAUAAGUUCAAAUGUUGACAAUAUGCGAAUGACAACAGCAUUACAGAGGGUGGUGGACUGGCUUCAAUGGCCAACAGCGACUAACGUACACAUGUGGAUUAUCACAUUCUUCAGAAGUCUGGCUGGUGCCAAAAAAUACAGCAUUCUUAUUACUGUCACAGAGACAAAGAUAGAGCAGGUGUGUCAGAAACUUGAGUUUGCUGCAGUCCGAGAGGGAGCGUUGAGUGUACUCACACAUAUGUUACUCGGCUUUCAACAUUCACCCGAGCCUUUCCAUAAGAUCCUCCCCCAGAUGGUGAAAGUCAUUGAGAUCCUGACCAAGGAAAAUAUGAGCAUGUUAAAGCAGUUGUCAGAUCUGUUACAUUGCUGUUUUUUCCUCCAUGCUGGGUACCCUGAUUUGUAUGACCCGAUACUGGAGGCUCUGAAGGGAAUCCCUGCUCCCAGUUCAGAAGAAAUUAAAUCCCGCCUUGAAGAGAGUCACUGGCAAGUUCAGAAAUCGGGCACUUCUAAAUAUGUGUCAAAGGUCACUCAAAGGUCAGAGACAGGGAAAACUGGACUGUUUAACCUGGGAAACACAUGUUUUAUGAACAGCAUCUUACAAGCCCUUUUCAUGUGUGACAGCUUUAGGAGGGAUACAUUGUCAUACCAGGCCUCCCCAGAACAACCAGUUAUUUCACAGUUACAGCAGGUGUUUGCCUUCCUCAGUCAGACUCAGCGUCCUGCCUAUGCUCCUAUGACAUUUAGUAGAAUGACCAGGCCCAGCUGGUUUGUCGCAGGGCAUCAACAGGACUGCUCAGAGUAUCUGCGAUAUCUGCUGGAUCAGAUUCAUGAGCAGGAACGCACUCGACUGAAAAAAGAGAAGCUGGCAAAGGAAUCAGCUGAUGAGAAAGGUGAAAAUCAGAAGACAGAAGAAACAGCUACUGAUAUGGACAGUUGUGAUAACAAAUCUGUGAUAACGUCACUUAUUGAGGAUCAUUUUGGGGGGAUCAUGGUGACAACAGUUACAUGUUUAAAUUGUAAAACCCAGUCGUCACGGAAGGAAGAAUUCUCAGACAUACCUCUGGCUUUCCCAGAGUAUAAACCAGUCAUCAGUCAGGAAUCCGGAGAUAAAACCAAACCAGAGACCGAACCGAAAACCCAAUGUUUACAUCUGAACGACCUGCUGCAGUAUUACCUGAAGCCGGAGAUGUUGACAGGGGAUAACCAGUACUUCUGUGAUAAGUGUGGUUCACUACAGGACGGGGAGAGGAGAAUCUCCAUCGUUCAGCCCCCCGAACACCUCAUCGUCACCCUGCUACGGUUCUCUUAUGAUGCAAAAAUACAUGCCAGGUCAAAAAUAUUCCAGGAGGUCAAAUAUCCACGGACUCUUGUAUUACCCAAAGAUCAGACAACAGAAACAAAGAGUGGCAAUUCACGGCGAUCUCUGAGAAGUGCUGUGUCAAGACAAAUAGAGAAAUGUGGGGUGGAUCUAAACACCCAGAAAGGAGAGGUGUAUGGUCUUAAUGCUGUUGUAGUGCAUUCUGGGACAUCUUCUGAGUCAGGACAUUAUUACGCAUACUCUAGACAUUCGCUGUUUCAGGAUCCCGAGUCUGUGAUGUCGACGUUAUCUGACUGUACAGACGAGGACAGUAUUGACUUCCUACAGGACAAGUGGUACCUAUUUAAUGAUAACCGGGUCUCAUACGCUCAUUACAACUCUUUCUGUAGCGUCACUCAGCGCUUCACAAAGGACACUGCCUACUUACUAUUCUACAAGAGAAUCGACCCCCAGAAUAGUGAGAAUGGAGGGGUGGAUCUCAAUAAAUCCAUCAGACCAUCAGAGGUAGAUCCACCCCUACAGGAUAAACUGAGACAACUAGUCAGCAAGGACAAUGCUCUGUACCUACAGGAACAAGAAAUAAGUGAACAGAAGAGAGCGUCUCGGAAGCGACCUGUAUCUCAGACUUCCUCCUGGUUCUACAAACCUGACGAAGACCAGGGGCCACCGGGCAGCUGUGGAGGGUCCUCAGGGUUUGAUAGCAGUGGACCCCGAUUUGUCUUCUGAUGAUAGGAAGCUGUUGGGGGGCUCAGGAUUUAAUAACAGAGGACAUUGAUUUGUUUCUGAUGCCAGGAAGCUAUGGGUGUUCCUCAGGAUUUUAGCAAUGGACCUCUGUCUUUUGAUGUCAGGAAGCCGUGGGGGUUCCUUAGUCCUCAGGGUUUGAUAGCAGCGAACCUCAAUUUGUGUUCUGAAGAACUCCCACAUGGUUUACUUCAUUACCAGACAAUUUUGUCAUUGCUGUAACUAUUGCAUUUAUGAAGGAUUUUAAUAAUUCUUAGCAUUGCUUAUCUUCAGUUAUUAUCAAUUAAAAGUGAAAAUGUUGUUGAUUUGGGAAAAAUAACAUCCCCUGCCCGAGGGGAUACAUGUGUCCAAUAAACAAGACGAAGAUUAAAGUUAUAACAGAACAGGAUGAUUACCUCUGUUAGUUACGUGUGUAUGUCUGCAGGAAUGUUUCUUCAGUUUAACGUUCUUUUUUUUGUUUUUUGAGAAUCCUCCAAUUGUGUAUCUGUGAUAAAUUAUGAUAUGACUGGUCCCAUUGUAUCUCGUGCUAGGCAUAAUGUUUACUUCUUUGAAAUGAUGUAAGUGGUACUGUAUGAUAUGGUAUUGUUAUCUAGUACAUAUAGCUGUAUCUAAGGAGUUGAUAUGUAUUUAUGGGCUUUGCAGAGUGAAUGUUAUACACUUAGUGGAUUAAGCUGCAUCCUACUUCAUGCUUUCUACAUCUUAUAAUAUCCCAAUUUCAAAUACAUGUAGUAAUACAUAUAGUGUUUAUAAAUGAUAAAUCCUAUUUUCUUUUUAUCUGUAACAGUGAAAAUAGUUCCCUUUUGAAUUAUUAGGUUUACAAAACUGCAUUAUCCUUUAAAGGUUUGAACUCACAAGUGUAGUAUAUAUUGCCCAUUUCUACGAGAGGGAAAAAAAAUAAAAACCACACAUCCUAGAUGCCUUGAUUCCCCCAUGAACGGCAAUAUUUACCAUUCUUACUGUCUUGUUAAUGAAAGAACGUCCCCUUCUCUGUUUGUAAUGUGCGCUGGAAGUCUCUGUCAUGCCUGAACGCUAUGGUAUGGAUGACAGAUUUAUUUGAUGAAAAUUAUUUUAAAUUUUUAUUAUUUUUUUGACUUUGGCUUUUGUCUACUGUUGCAUAGCAUGCAUUUAUAAUUUGUUAUGGACAAUAUUUGCUUUGAGUGAUAUUAAAAUGUUUUUUAUUAGCA